GAUAAAGGUCACACUAAAGUGACACAUCGUUUGGCGGAGGUGUGGUUGAAAAUAUAUAAAAUUUAGUGUUUAUUAGCCAGAGAAACGGAUUUAAAUUGGUGUUAGUCGUGAGCUAAUAGUUGAAUUCAGCCUGUUUGAUAGAAACACAAGCACAAACAUCAGCGACAAUGACAGGCAGGCUACCGGCAUGCGUAAUCGAUGUGGGCACCGGCUACUCAAAGAUGGGAUUUGCUGGCAACAAGGAGCCGCAGUUCAUUAUCCCCUCGGCCAUAGCCAUCAAGGAGUCGGCCCGCGUAGGCGACACCAAUACGCGGCGCAUUACAAAGGGCAUAGAGGACCUGGACUUUUUCAUUGGCGAUGAAGCCUUCGAUGCCACUGGUUACUCCAUCAAAUACCCGGUGCGUCAUGGUCUGGUGGAGGACUGGGACUUAAUGGAGCGCUUCCUGGAGCAGUGCAUUUUCAAGUACUUGAGAGCGGAGCCCGAGGAUCACUACUUCCUGCUGACUGAGCCGCCCCUAAAUACGCCCGAGAACCGGGAGUAUACGGCGGAAAUAAUGUUCGAAACAUUCAAUGUUCCUGGCCUGUAUAUCGCAGUGCAGGCGGUGCUGGCGUUGGCCGCCAGUUGGGCUUCCAGAUCCGCCGAGGAGCGCACCCUCACCGGCAUUGUGGUGGACAGUGGCGAUGGAGUGACGCACGUCAUACCAGUGGCUGAGGGCUACGUUAUUGGCUCCUGCAUCAAGCACAUUCCAAUUGCUGGACGUAAUAUCACAUCGUUUAUCCAGAGUUUGCUGCGUGAACGGGAGGUGGGCAUACCGCCCGAACAAAGCCUCGAAACUGCCAAAGCGAUCAAAGAGAAGCACUGCUACAUCUGCCCCGACAUUGCCAAAGAGUUUGCCAAGUACGACUCAGAGCCAAGUAAAUGGAUACGCAACUUUUCGGGCGUCAACACGGUCACCAAGUCCCCCUUCAAUGUCGAUGUCGGCUACGAACGCUUCCUGGGGCCCGAGAUCUUCUUCCAUCCCGAGUUCUCGAAUCCCGACUUUACCAUACCGCUCUCCGAGAUUGUCGACAAUGUUAUACAGAACUGCCCCAUCGAUGUGAGGCGUCCGCUGUACAACAACAUUGUCCUCAGCGGUGGCUCCACCAUGUUCAAGGACUUUGGUAGGCGUCUGCAGCGCGACAUCAAGCGAUCGGUGGACACGCGCCUACGCAUCAGCGAGAACUUGUCGGAGGGACGCAUUAAGCCAAAACCAAUUGAUGUUCAAGUGAUUACGCAUCACAUGCAGCGGUAUGCAGUGUGGUUUGGCGGCAGCAUGUUGGCCUCAACGCCCGAGUUCUAUCAGGUUUGUCAUACAAAGGCCGCCUACGAGGAGUAUGGUCCCAGCAUUUGUCGUCACAAUCCCGUCUUUGGCACCAUGACAUAAUUUGAUCUGAUCCGAACCAGCAGCGGUUAUUAUUUAAUGAUUUCAAUUAUAGAUUUGAUUCUGUUUUGCUUUGAUAAUGAUGUAUUCCACAAGCUAAAGUAUUAGCCAUCCCCCUUUAUGUGUUUAGCAUUUAAAUUGUGUCUACGAAUUGUGUAAAGUUUUCUAAGUUUUCGCUCUAAUUCUAAGCUUAAAACAACAACUCCAAUGUCUGCCAGUUAAACGUUUGCUACUCUAUAAGGUAAUGUGUGUCUAUCACAAACACAUAUCCCCCCCCCCAGCUCCCUUGCUCUAUAAACUUCACUCUUAUAUAUGGAAAAGAUCGCUGUACUUGUCAUAGUAAUUACUAUUUAUAAAUGCAAUAACUGCGAAGCGAAACAAAAAAGGUUUACAGAAAAGACAAAACUGAA